UGUGCAAGGUAUACAGUAGGUAUACUCACGAAAGGGAUCCCUUUAUGACUGCUUUUGGAGAAUAUCGUGAGCAUUUCGACUGCGAAAUAUACAAUAAUGAGCUUCUUCGUACUUUCAGUACGGUUGCAAGGAUAAAAGAAUUUCCUCAUAUGCGGAGAUCCAAAAUUUGUUGGAAAAAAAAUAAAUGAAAUAUAUUGGCAAAACAGAGAAAUCGCUGAAAUAAUAUUACCCCCGAAUUAUCCAACGAUGAAAAACCAAAGUCUGUUAUUACUAAAGGUCAAAACCAAGUUCGAUUUAAACGGUGUUUUACGUCCAGCUUGCCUUUACACCAAAGAUGAUGCUCCUCGGGGUAAACUCGUGUCAGCAGGUUGGAAUAUUACUGAAAAUAUUGAGGAAGGCGGUGCAAGUUUAAACAGAGUAUAUUUACAACCCUUACCGGAAGAUAAAUGCAACGAUAACAACAUUGCUAAUUUUAAUCUUCAAGGUGUUAACAAAAACGAUUCGAUCUGUACUAAGGCAGGUAGUAAUGUUGGUGAUGGAAAUAUUUGCAAUGUGGAUAUUGGCGGAUCCCUUCUUCAGUUUCAUCCAAUCUACAAAGACCUUAAAUGCAUGCACGAUAUAAUAGGAGUCAAACUGGAUGAUACAGAUUGUGAAAAUGGCAAAAAAGGUAUAAACGUAUAUGCCAAAGUGUAUGAUUAUAUCAAGUGGAUUGAGGAUACUGUGUGGCAUAAUGUUACUAUAUAAAUCCUAAAUAAGUGUUAAAGAAUUUGCCGAAGAUAUUUUCCAACUACUUUUACCGAAUAUUUUUUAUAUAUUAUAUCCUUUUUUUUUUAAUAAAUAAGUAUAGAGUGUCAAUAAAAAACUAUGUGAAA